GUUCAUUAAAUAUGUUUGCAGAAGUCAAACCUGUAGAAAAUACUAAUUACGAUAGAAGAGUACGUGAAAAUCAGAAAAAUGAAUUCAAGAAAAUAUUAGAAGAAGAUUAAAUUUCUUCCUAGAUCGCAGAAUAAUUAGCAACAUCUCUUGAAUAAGAAGCUUAUGUACUUUCAGGAGGUGAUCAUACAAGAGACUAUAGAACUAGAGUUAAUACUGUUAAAAUGCGUUUAAAGGGAACUAAAGGUGUCUUUUUUAUACUAUUUUAGGGUAAUUGAUUAGAACUGCCUUGGUUGAACAAAUUAUGACACCUAAAGAAUUGAUGUUAUUAGAUAUGUCAAAGCUUAGCGAGGAUAGCGUUUAAGCAUUCUUGUAGAAAGAACAAAGAGGACUUCCUCAACCAUAAGCUAACUUGAAAAAAAACGUUCCUUAAAGAGGGCCUCCAACAAGACCACCUGCUGCAGGUGUCCCAACAACAAAAAAUUAAGUUACUGCACCUCCCAUCCCAAUAUCAAAUGCAUAAGCUUCAUAGCAAAUUGUUAAUUAAUAAUAAACAUCAGAUUAAAUUAAGCCUGAAAAUUAGAAUGUUUAAAUGUAAGCAGAACCUUAACAACCUAAAUAAGAGUAAGGAAAUAAUCUUCAAAAUUAAGCCAAAGAUGAGAAUCCUUAAAUUUAAAAAUAAGUUCCAAAAUAGUAAAUUCCUCCUCCUUUUAAACCUAAAUAAGUAACUCCUGCAUAACUCUCAAAUAAUUAAAUUGAUGCAAUUGAUUUAUCCUCUUAAUAAUAAUAAUAAUAAUAACAAUAAUAAUAAUAAUAACAAUAAUAACAAUAAUAAUAAUAAUAACUAUAAUAACAAUAAUAACAAUAAUAACAAUAAUAAGAUGUAUUACAUAAAUAAUAAAAAAUAGCACCCUAACAAAAUGGCAAUACUACUCAUCCAAUUACAUAACAACAAGAAACUCAUUAAAAUAACUAUUAAUAAAAAGAAAACGAAAACUUAGAAGAAGAAGAUCUAAUUAAUUUUGAUUCUUUGAAGUAAAAUCAAGAAAAAUUAAAUCAAUUAGCUGAAUAAUUGAAAUCAGAAGAAUCAGGAGAAUCAAAUUUGGAGAAUCAAGAAUAUUCUAACUCAAACUAAAAUUGCAACUUUUCUUAAACUGAUAAUUAGGUUGAAGAAACAGCGUUUUAACUUUAGAACAAUAUCAAGGAAAGCAAUUAAGAUUCUUCAAACAAUCCAUAAAAAAUUGAACAAUUAAGAUAAUAAAAUUAUGAAAAUUAAUAUUAAGAUCAAUAGAUCGAGGAAAUUUAACAAGAAACUAUAAAAUAAAAUGCACAUAAUUCCAAAGAAUAAAAACAUGAAUAAUUUAUUGAAUAAUAAGUAUCCUCAUAACAUCAUACUACUGAACAAUAGAAAGGAGCUUUUCAUUUAUAAUAAAAUGAAAAAGAAAGAGCACAACAAAAUAAUGAAGAUUAAUAAAUAAAACAAUAAAACUCCUAAAUUUAAUCGAACGACCAUUAAUAAUAAUAGCAAGAAUAAGUAAAAUAAAAUUAAAAAGAUGCAUUUAAUUUUCAGAGUGAAUAAAUAUUGAAACAAUAAGAAGAGCAGAUUGAAAGCUUAGGUAAUUAAACAUAAACACCAAAAUUCACAAUAUAAUUACAGUAAUAAUAAACUGUAUCAAUUGAUGUGGCUUUAUUUCAAUAAAUGAUAAAAUAAAGAGAUCUUUAUUAUGAAAAUCAGAUAUCUUAAUUAAUUAAAUAAAAUAAUGACCUUCAGCAUUCGAUUGCCUAAUUUCAAUAGGAUCAUUUUAAAAGGAUUUAAGAUUUUUAAUAAAAGAAUGUAAAUUAUUAAACUUAGAUUCAAUAAUUACAAAAUGAAAAUUCGCUGUUGAGGACCUCUUUAUAAAAUUAAGAAUAAAAUUCAAUAAAAUAACUUAAUCAACUCAAAGAAUAAAUUUAGAGCGAAAGAAAAUAAUUUUAAAAACUCUAAGAAAUAUAAUAAAUAGAAAAAUAAAAUGAAAGACAUUUUAUUGAGAAAUUGCAUUCGAACACACAAUAAAGAAAAGAUUUUAUUCAUAAAUAUCGCUUAUAAUAAACCCAAUCUAACAUGGAUGACUAAAUAUCAAUUUUAUAAGGAUUAUUAUCUAAAUUAUAACCCCCUUAAUUACCUAGGGCUUAGUAAUUAUAAUAACCAAUUUAGAUAUAAUCAAAUACUUAAUAAUCAGUUGUUUAAACUUUAAUUCCUGAAGUUCCUGUUACACAUUAGCAUCAUGUUCAAUAGUAAAAUCAAUAAUAUUGGGCUAAUGAAGAUGAAGUAAAUUUGUAGGGUUAAAUUGUAAAUGCUGAUUCUGGAUCAACAUAGUUGAAGACUGGAAAUAAUUAGAUAUAAGUUUAAGAUGUGUAAGACGCAUUAGAUGAAUAAGGUGCUUAAGAUGAACAACAAUAGUUUGAAUAGUAGGAUUAGUAAUAUUAAGAUGAUUAGGAUGAUGAAUAAUUAAAUAAAAAUAAUGAAUAAGAUGAAGAAAUCCUACAUGAACAAUAAUAAUUAGUAGAUAAUUAGGUUUACUUUUAAUAAUAAAAUUUAUCUCAGCAGCACUAAGAAUAAAAUUAAUAAUAUUAAUAGAAAGGUUUAAAAGAUCCAUAAUCACAGUAAAAUUCAUCUUCAUAACAAAUGUAAGAAUAAAUCUAAAAUAAUGAAAUACAAUAAAAAACAGAAAAAAUUAAAAAUUAAAAGCAUAAGAAUGAUCAAAUUCAUGUAGAUGAAUAAAAUUAAGAUUAAAAUUUUAUGAAGAAUGAAGUUUAAGAAAAUACUUAUCAUCCUCCUCCUCCAAAAAGAAAACAAAAUCCUUAAUAAGAAAAUUAAACUGCAUUUACUCAUCCAAGAUUGGCACAAAAAUAAGAUAAUCAUAAUUCUUAAUAGAAUUAAUAGUAAAAUCUUUAAUAAAAUAAUCCCUUUUUUGAUUAUUAAGGUGCUGAAGAAUUCUUUCAAACUAACAAUUAAACUAACUUCUAACAAUUUUUUGAUAAUUAGGUAGAAAUGCCAAAACAAAAAGCUACAGAAUCGAGAACUAAAUAAAUAAAUAGAAGAGCAAAUGUGCCUGGAUCAUUAUUUGAUUGAUUAU